CUAUACACCAAAAAGAAAGUGUGAGAGUCCCCACCAGCUAGCCUCUCCAGCCAGCUCCCCUUUCCCUCCUCCUCUCCUCUCCUCUCCUCUCCUCUCUGCAUUUAUUCUCCUUAAUUAUUCAUGACCACUUCUUCAAAAGCUGCUCUCAUAACACUGCCUCUCUGAAUUAUAAACCCAUGGAGAACCUUUCAAAAAAAUUUACAUUUCUCACCGCCUAAACUCUUUUGAACCAACUUAUAACAUUUCCCUCUUAAGCAAUACAUUCUAGGCAAAAACCAAGAACAAACAAGUUGGUGGGCAAGAAAAUGAAGCUCCCUUUUCUCUCCAAGAAUAAUGCAAAUACGGAUCACUCAUCAAGAGCUUUAUGGCCUUGGCCUGCCUAUUGUCAGCAACCAAGAACCCUCUCUUUCAGUUCUAGAACAAGUGGUGGAAUGCUCAAGACCAUUAACCCAGGUUUCUUAGAUGCUACUAAAAAUGAUGUGGUGGACAGUACCACACCCGAGUCAUGGUUCACCAACUCCUGUGAGUUAGCUAGCUUCUCAACAGCAUCAGAUGAUCAGUCAGGAGCUGGUGAAUCUAUAGAGACAGUGAUCAAAGGCUUGAGGUCAGAGAGGUUGUUCUUUAAACCAGGGGAGACAAACUCAAUCUUGGAAGAAGCUAAGGCAGGUGGUGAGUUUCCAUUUAAAGAAAGUGUUGUAUUGUCAAUGGAGUCUCAAGACCCUUAUUUGGAUUUCAAGAAGUCAAUGGAGGAGAUGGUUGAAGCUCAUGGAUUAACAGACUGGGAAGGUCUUGAAGAGCUUUUGUAUUGCUACUUGAAGGUGAAUGGAAAGAGCAAUCAUGGGUACAUCAUUGGUGCUUUUGUAGAUUUGCUUGUUGGUCUUGCUAUGGCUUCUUCUUCUUCUUCUUCUUCUUCUUCAAGUACUAUCACUACUGCUAGUACUACGCAACACCAUCAUGAUUCUCCUUCUUCUCCUUUGUCAUUUUACACUUCUGCAUCUUCUGAUGAUUCGUCUUCUACUCUUUGUUGUGUAUCCUCAUUAGGAAAUGAAGUUGAUAUAACCAGUCCUUGUUUAACUUCAUUACAAGCUGAAAAUGAGAUUAAACAAUAUUAAUUAAUAGAUGAUGCUUC